AUGAUCGGCUGCAAAUGGGUCUUUAAAAUAAAGAGGACUUCAGAUGGAAAACCUGAUAGGUUCAAGGCAAGACUGGUGGCCCAGGGUUUCUCACAAAAAUAUGCUGUUGAUUACGACGCAGUGUUUGCUCCGCAAGCCGCCAGAAAAUGGAAUCAAGUCCAAAACGAGCUGCUGACCAGCUACGGCUUCCAACCCUGUCCUGAAGAUCCUUGUCUAUACAAACAUGGACAGAGAAUCCUCACCUAUCUGAUUGUGCACGUCGAUGAUAUCAUCAUAGCAGGAAGUUCUCUCCAGAGGAUUGAGAGCAUAAAGGCAGCAUUAAACGAGAAAUUUUGUCUCACCGAUCUUGGAAACAUGAGCUAUUACCUGGGGAUUGAAGUACACAGAAACGACGACGGGGAAUUUGCCAUCAACCAGAUCAACUACAUCAAGAAAAUACUAGCACGUGCAAGACUUGAGAAUGCAAAACCCUCAAGCCAUCCAAUGGACACUGGCUACGAGAAACUCAGAGCCGAUUCAUCAAAAAUAAUGAAUAAAUAUUACGACAAGCUGAUUGGAGCCCUGUUGUACCUCUCAAUUAAUACCAGGCAUGACAUAGCAGCACCAGUGGCUAUACUGGCUCAGCACAUUAAGGGAAUUACACAAGUUGACUGGGAAGAGCUUCAAAGGAUUUGCAGAUAUCUCAAAGGAACCAUACACUAUGAAUUCAAGCUCAGCAACCGCCAUGACGAUGAAUUAAAACUUGUUGGCUACGCUGACGCCAAAUGGGCAGAAGAUCGAGAAACUAGGCAAUCCAACUCAGGAUACAUAUUCAAAGAUCUCGGUGGAACGAUCAGCUGGGCCAGCAAAAGACAAGAAUGUAUGACAACCUCAUCAACUGAAGCAGAAAUUGUUGCGUUGUAUAAACCAUCUACAGAGUGCAUUUGA